CUUUCCUCUGCCGGCAUACGCAACGCAAAGCAUUGGACGACUGCGCCGUGAGAACUCGGCGAGACAUGCUUCCUUGAAGUCGUUGCGUUGUCCCCAUAUUCUAUUUCCACAAUGCGGCUCAUAUCCUCGUUAUUUCUUCUCUUCCUAGCGCUCCUGGGCGCAGCGUCCGCAAAGAGCGCAGUUGGAGACAGACUACUUGUUGUCCUGGAGGAUGAGGCACAGAAGGGACUGUAUUCCAAGUUCUGGGCUGACUUGGAGGCCCGUGACUUUAAGUUGACAUUUGAAUCACCGAGAAAGGAAGACUUGUCGCUUUUCAGACACGGACAGUUAGCUUACGACCAUCUACUUCUGACACCACCAAAGUCGAAAGGCUACGGGCCGUCGUUAACCCCCAAAAUCCUCCUCGACUAUGUCAACGCAGGCGGAAACGUCCUACUAGGUCUAUCAUCGGAGUCUGGCACUCCUUCAGCCAUUGCCUCUCUCCUCCUCGAAUUCGACAUCUCUCUUCCUACAGAGAAGACUUCGGUGGUCGUCGAUCACUUCAACUAUGACGCGGUAUCAGCGGCAGAGACGCAUGAUGUCUUGCUGCUCGAUCGUCCAGGGCCGCUCAGACCGGAUGCGGUCAACUUUUUUGGCGGUGAUGGCCUUAUAGCAGUACCAAGAGCAGUGGGACAAACAUUAGGAAACACCAGUCCUUUGAUUGCGCCAAUCUUGAAAGCCCCCACCACCGCGUACGCAUACGAUCCGAAAGAGGCGGUCGACAGCGUGGAAGACCCAUUUGCGACUGGCUCACAGUUGGCGCUCAUCUCAGCCAUGCAAGCUCGAAACUCCGCACGCUUUACGGUUCUCGGUUCGUUGGAAAUGCUACAAGACAAAUGGUUUGGCGCUUCUGUGAAGUCGGCCCCUGGCAAGAACGACAAGUCCAAGAACCAAGAAUUUGCCAGGCAGUUGACCGAGUGGACAUUCAAGGAGGUGGGCGUCCUUAAGGUCUUGGGUGUUCGGCACCAGGAGAUUAUCACGGCAAGCAAAGCAGCCUGCAGUACCUGCAAACCAGUCUCCAACACUACAGAGGUUGCGGAAUCCGGAGAGUACAACCCUGAAAUCUACAGGAUCAAGAACGAUGUAAAAUAUAGCAUCGAGAUCGCCCAGUACGACCAUGAUCACUGGGUUCCAUUCACCGUGCCGGCAAAUGACGCCCUUCAGCUGGAGUUUUCCAUGCUCUCGCCAUUCCACCGUCUGCCGUUGACCGCGGCUGCGACUACCCCCAACAGCACUAUCUUCACCACGACUUUCACUACCCCUGACCAGCACGGCAUCUUCGCGUUCAAGGUCAACUACAAGCGGCCCUUCUUGACGCCCAUUGAAGAGAAGAAUCAAGUCACAGUGCGGCAUUUCGCGCAUGACGAGUGGCCACGCUCUUGGACCAUCUCGGGCGCUUGGCCUUGGAUUGGAGGGUUGUGGAGUGUCAUAGUCGGAUUUGUGUUAUUUACAGUACUGUGGCUGUACUGUGAGCCACCAAAAGAAGAGAUUGACAGGAGGCGCAAGUUGAGUGUGAGUUCGUCAAGAUGAGAGCCAUGACUAGGACUGCCCUGCACUCGGGACAAGGAAAAUGUAUUCUACGGGUUGAAUCAGGAUGAUAUAGAGUCGACAUUCGGUCAGAAAGGAAUCAAAAAGCCAAUGAGUUUGAUCAUGGUUCUAAGUGAGUGAUUGUACACUUUUGAACAGAGUGGUGAUACAAUAUCUACACCCUCG